AUGAGUCCAAAAGUAAUCAUUGUCACUGGCGUUUCAAGGGGAAUAGGAAGGGCAAUCGUGAAUAAAAUUAUAGGAUUAAAUUCCAAUGCGGUUGUGUUCGGUAUUGCAAGGACUUCAGCACCCUUAAAGGAGUUGAAAUCGAAACACGGAGAAAAGUUUUUCUAUAUUGUUGGAGAUGUUACUAAUAAAUCAGAUGUCAAGAAACUAAUUACCGCAGCCAUUGAUAAAUUUGGCAGAUUGGAUUCUGUUGUUGCCAAUGCAGGUGUUUUAGAACCUGUUGCUGAAGUGGGAAAAGUGGAUGAGGAAGCCUGGAAAAGAUUAUUCGAUAUAAAUUUCUUUAGUAUUGUUUCUUUGGUACAAUCCACUCUACCAUUUAUGGAAAAUACCAAUAGAAACUACGUCUUUGUCAGUUCGGGAGCAAGUGUCAAAGCUUAUUUUGGUUGGGCAGCCUACUCCGCAUCAAAGGCUGCAUUAAAUAGUUUUGCUAUGAGUGUAGCAAAUGAAAAACCAAAGGUCAAAACUAUAUCAGUAGCACCAGGUGUGGUAGAUACACAAAUGCAAGUUGACAUUAGAGAGAAAUAUGGUAAUGAAAUGACUACAGAAAGCUUGAAAAGGUUUAUUGACCUGCACAAGAACGGUGAGUUGUUAGAUAGCGAUGUGCCUGGCGAAGUUUAUGCCAAAUUAGCGGUUAACGGGAUACCAGAUGAGCUAAAUGGCAAAUACUCCAGAUAUAAUGAUGAUAGACUAGCCAGCCUCUAA